GUGGCUGCUGGGUGCCGCACGCCUUGCCUUCCUUCGCCUCUCCCCUCCUCCUCCCCUCCCCGCCCCCUCGGCCGCUCCGCUCUCUGGCGUGACUCGGCACGGAGAGUCCCGGGAGUAGACGCCGCGGUCGCCGCCUCUUCUGUCCAGGCCUCGGCCUUCUUGAGCGUCUCUGCUUCCCCUCCCAGGUCAUCUUCUUCAGUUUCGAAGCAGGUGGCGUCGCGGCCACCCUGCCGGGCUCUCUGUGAGGAUGGUGGGGGUGAAGCCGGUCGGGAGCGAUCCUGAUUUCCAGCCAGAGCUGAGCGGCGCGGGCUCCAGACUCGCCGUGGUCAAAUUCACCAUGAGAGGGUGCGGGCCAUGUUUGAGGAUUGCCCCAGCAUUCAGUUCUAUGAGUAAUAAAUAUCCACAGGCUGUUUUCUUAGAAGUCGACGUACAUCAGUGUCAGGUAAUGGAUUUAAUGCCUUUUAUUAACAAAGCUGGUUGUGAAUGUCUUAAUGAAAGUGAUGAGCAUGGAUUUGACAACUGUUUACGAAAAGACACGACCUUCUUAGAAUCUGACUGUGAUGAACAGCUGCUUAUUACUGUGGCAUUCAAUCAACCUGUUAAGCUUUAUUCCAUGAAAUUUCAAGGACCAGAUAAUGGUCAGGGUCCUAAAUAUGUAAAAAUUUUUAUCAACCUACCCCGAUCUAUGGAUUUUGAAGAGGCAGAAAGAAGUGAACCAACUCAAGCUCUGGAACUGACAGAGGAUGAUAUUAAAGAAGAUGGCAUUGUUCCACUUCGUUAUGUUAAGUUUCAGAAUGUUAACAGUGUAACUAUAUUUGUUCAGUCCAAUCAAGGUGAAGAGGAAACAACAAGAAUUUCAUAUUUUACUUUUAUUGGUACUCCAGUCCAGGCAACAAACAUGAAUGACUUCAAACGAGUAGUUGGCAAAAAAGGAGAAAGCCACUAAAGUACAGAAGACACUGGACGACCAUAUUGCAAUCAGAUCUACAGCUCCUGGAUAAUCGCUUGAUUCUCGCCAGAGACUGUCAAUGUUUCAUUAAUUGCCAAUACCAAUAAAUCAUUGCUUUUGUUCAGAUGGUAUCACUAGUGUUUCCAUUGUAAUCUUGACACAUACAAUUGUAAAUAAAAGUCACUACUUUUGCCAAGCUUAA